AUGGCAAGAUAAGUACUAAAAAUAGGUUUAACUGAUAGCAUAACUAUUGGUCUUUAUACAAUUCCAAAAGAUUCUGAGUUUCAUUUAAUUAAUAUAUAAUUAGAACUCGAUUUAGUAUAAAAAGUCCAAAACAGUUUAGAAAUUGAUGACGAGAAAUUAGAAAUAACUUUCCGCAAAUAAUUUUCUGGAUAAUUUUUUAAAAAUGGAUAAAUAGUUCUCACAGAUUAUGAAGGAAUAAUUCUUUAAUGUAAAUGCAAUUCAAUAUCAUUUAUGGAUUUAGGUGUAAAAACAAAAAUAAAGCAACUAUAAUAAGGAACAAUAAAUGAUGAAACACGUAUUUAAUUUUUAGUAAAAUAAUAAUAAUAUAUGAAAUUAAAGUCAGUAGGAAAUAAAGCGAGAUCAAUUAUAGAUUCGAAUUUUAAAUUUGAAGAUUUAGGAAUAGGUGGUUUAGAUGAAGAACUUGCAAAUAUAUUCAGAAGAGCAUUUGCCUCUAGACGUUUUCCUCCUUCAACUUUAAAAAAAUAUGGUAUAAAACAUGCAAAAGGUGUACUUUUGUUUGGACCUCCGGGUUGUGGUAAAACCUUAAUAGCUCGUUAAUUAGCAAAUGUAUUGAAUUCUGUAAAGCCUAAGAUCGUAAAUGGACCUUCUAUUCUAAGUCAAUAUGUAGGAAAAGCAGAAGAAAAUAUAAGAGAAUUAUUCGCAGAUGCACGCAAAGAUGAAAUUGAAAAAGGUGAUUAAAGUCCUUUACACGUAAUUAUAUUUGAUGAAAUGGAUGCUAUAUGCAGGAAGAGAGGUUCCACAAGUUCCACAUCGGGAGAAGUAGGUGAUAAAAUUGUGAAUUAAUUAUUAACAAUGAUAGAUGGGGCGGAAAGUCUUAAUAAUAUAUUGGUUAUAGGUAUGACUAAUAUGAAGGAACUAAUCGAUAAAGCAAUUUUGAGAUCAGGGAGGUUCGAAAUUCAUAUAGAAAUCGGGUUGCCAAAUGAAUAGGGAAGAUAUGAUAUAUUCAAAAUACACACAGCGAAUAUGUAUAAGAAUAAUGUAAUUGACAAAUCUGUAGAUUUACACGAUCUUGUUUCUUAAACAAAAAAUUAUACAGGAGCAGAAAUUGAAUAAGUAGUCAAAGAUGCUACUUCAUUCGCUUUUAAUAGAGUGCAUGAUAUUAUGGAUUUUUCUAAAGACAAUUUAAAUGCGGAAGUUAUUGUUAGUAUAGAUGAUUUUAAGAAAGCUUUGGAAGAAAUAAAACCUGACUUUGGAAUUGAUUUAGAUUAAUUUUAAAUUUAUACACGUUAAAAAUUGAUUGAUUAUGGAAGUUCUUAUUAGAAAAUUUAUAAAAAACUAAUGAGCUCAGUAUAAUAUAUUAAGCAUUCGAAAAAUACAUAAAUUCAUUCGAUUUUACUAGAUGGGUUGACUGGAAGUGGGAAAACUUCUAUAGCAGCUCAUGUGGGUAUUAGCUCGGAUUUAACUUAUAUAAAAAUCAUUUCUCCGGGAGAUUUUGUAGGCAUGAGCGAGUUUGCGAAAAUAAAUAGCUUA